AUGGCACCACCAAAAAGAUAUGUAAGGAAAUUAGAUGAGGAAUUGCAAAGCGAGAAUCCGAACCUAGAAGUGUUGCAAGAAUCACUUUCAGUGUUAAUCGAGAGAGAAACUAGCUUGUUAAAAUAUGAUGAAGUUAUUAAUGCUCAAAGCACUGUUCAGGAAUUAGAGACAGAAGUAGAACAUUGUUUAGAAUACAGCGAAUCCAUCAUUAGAUGUAAAUCUAAAGUCAAUAGAUAUAUUCAAAAUGUGGGUAAAACCGGAACAACUUCACAAGUUUCGGAAAUCAAAACUAAUUAUAAUACUAAAUUGCCUCGCAUUACCUUAGAAACUUUCAGCGGCGAUUUAUGUAAAUUUACUGAAUUUUGGGCUCAGUAUAAAGCUGCCAUUCACGAAAACAAUACGCUUCAAGAUGUUGAGAAGUUUAACUAUUUAAGAUCUUUACUCACCGGUUCAGCUGCAAAAGCUAUAAGCGGAUUGCCAUUAAUAGGAGAAAACUAUAUAAAGGCCAUCGAAAUCUUAACUGACAGAUUUGGGAAAAAAGAAAUAUUAGUUAGCGCGCAUAUGAACGUUCUACUAGCUUUAGAGCCAGUACGCCGUUCAAGUGAUGUAUCCAGUUUAAGAAAACUAUAUGAUGAAAUAACAGUUCAAACAAGAAGUUUAGAGACAUUAGAUAUUAAUUUUAAUUCUUACGGCAAUCUAUUACUUCCUAUUUUAUAUAAGUGUAUACCGCAAGAUUUAGUGUUACAGUUUAGUAGGGAGCAAAAGGUCGACACAGAGUCAACAGUGUCAGUCUAA